AUGGCUCCAAAUUAUCGGAUCAAGGUCCCAUGGGUCUAUGAACGAACACACUCGAUUGACGCAGAGGUUGAAUUGUCAGAUCCAAGUCAUGACCACCCAGAAAAUACAUCCAUGGUGGAGGAGCAUAGCAACUCAUUGUCCCACAACGCAUGGGGUCUGGAGGUGUUGACUUCUAUCGCCAGUCUUCUUAUCUUCUGCGUCAUCAUCGUCAUCUUCAUACGCAUGGACAACAGACCACUCACAUAUUGGACGUUCUCAAUCUCUAUCAAUGCAAUUAUCUCCAUCUUGACGACCAUGUGCACUGCAGCAAUGAUGCACAACGUGAGCUCUUUCAUCAGUCAAUUGAAAUGGCUUCACUUCAAAGGGAAGCAGGAUAGGCUAUAUAACCUCGAAUAUUUUGACGGUGCUAGUCGUGGUCCGUAUGGGUCCAUCGUCCUAAUCUCCAGAGUUCGAUGGAAUCUAGCAACACUUGGAGCAUUGAUUACCAUAAGUCGACUCGGUUUCGCGCCCUUUACUCAGCAAGUAAUCGAUCUUCAGCCGCGGAAUGUUACCAUAGAGGACCCCAGCGCUACCUUUGGGUUCUCUCAUGAAUACGAUAGACACUUUACACAUAGAGAUUUGGCAAACACUGGUACCGAUAACCUGAAACAAGAUCCAUCAAUGGAAGCCGCUAUCCUUCAAGGUGUCUACAACAUCACCACGCCUUCUGUAUUCAGCUGCCCGGGCACUUGUUCCUGGAACUCAUCUUAUAUUUCAAUAGGAUUCAAAAGCGUUUGUGAAAAUGUUACAACUACUACCUUGAAGACCAAGACUUGUGUCUUUGACAAUGAUGGGUCUGUCACAAUAUGUAAUAUGACGACACCAAAAGGCAUCGGGCUCUCUCUGACAAGUCAAGAUACAAACUAUGCAACUAUUUUGCAGCUCAAUGACACCUUGCCACCCAUGGAUAUGAUACCAGAUAUAGUCAACAUCGCUGUUUAUCGGUCAUCCAUCAAACCCAACGGGAAUAUAACACAAGGUUGGAAUGAAAAUAUUACGGAAUGUACAUUAUCCAUGGCGGCUUACAAUUAUUCCGGAGCGUACGCUCAAGGAAACACUUUUUCAUUUGCAAGCAUUGACGAGGUCAAGAUAGCAAGUGAUCUCUGGAAUUGGCAAUUCAACGAGUGGCACGACGUCGCAGACAACGAUUUAGAAAUUGGCCAAAUUUGGACAAACGGUUCAGAAGCGGGCGUUCCACGAUUGGUGUUGGGUUAUGGAGACUUCACGUCUCUACGGGCAUAUUUUCAAUCUGAUAUGAUCUUGACAGAAUGGAGAGACGGAGGCGGAUGGCCGAAUACCAACUAUGGUAUUAGUCCUGCACUUAUCGGUGAUGUCAAUCUUCCGGGACUUUUUGAAAAGAUGGCCGAGAGCAUGACGGAUUACCUGCGUUCUGGUCCUAACCACCAGCUUGCAAAUGGAACCAGCAUCGAGUCCGUCGUUUUUGUCUCGAUUCGAUGGCCUUGGAUGAUCGGCCCCGCCUGUGUUGAGUUGGCCGCUGCAGUGUUUGCACUUUUAACAAUUUUCCGGAGCAAGAAAUACCAACAAGUACCUCUGUGGAAAUCUUCAAUAACAGCGGUGCUCGAUUACCAUCACGACAAGGAGCUUGCGUUACUACGAAAUGGUCAGCCUCUGGUGCAUCGCCAACAAAACCUGGACUUCAUUCCGGAAUGGGAGCGUGUCGUUAUCCCGCCAUUCGACUACUUGCUUGAGGAGAAGCGUUGCGAAGUUGACUCCGAGCGCCUGGCACUGUUCAGCUACUCCUUCGGCGACUACCUGGCAGCCCCUGCCGCCGCUUUCGAACCACGCAUCUCGGCAGUGCUGCUCAACGGUGGCGUCUGGGAUACCUUUGAUUCCUUCUCGGCGCCCCUGUCUCUGGCCCUGCUGCAGCACCAUUGCCAAUCAAUCGCCCGCUCCACGCGAUUUACCUACAAUCCUUUGGCCUCGCCAACUGCAACGCCAGAUGCUACGAUAAUGUGGCCCGAUCACUGCAUAACUGUCUCCUGGCUGCGUGAUAUUCUUGCGAAGCACCACCGCGGUUGA